AUGGCCCCGCUGCUCGCCGUCCUCCGGCUGCUGCUGGGGCUGCUGCUGGGCCGCGGAGUCGGCGCGGGGCUGCGGGAGGAGCUGGCCCACGUCGAGCGGUACGAGACGACGGUGCCAUGGCGCGUACCGGUGCCCCGGGCAAAGAGGGAUCUCUCCGUGUCACCGAGCACCUACCUGGAACGUGUCCUCUACAGUGUCCGUGCUGAGGGCAGGGACUACCUGCUGCACCUGAAGAAGAACAGGGAGCUGCUGGGACAGCAUUACACUGAGACGCAUUAUCUGGCUGACGGCACUGAGGUCACAGUGAAGCCAGAUGUCCAGGACCACUGCUUUUACCAAGGCCAUGUUGAGGGGCAUGCCAACUCUGCAGCAAGCAUCAGCACCUGUAGUGGGCUCAGUGGCUUUUUCCGGGUGAAUGAGACCAUCUUCCUGCUGAAACCUCUGGAUGAGCAUGAGGAUGGCCAGCAUGCAGUGUACAGAGCAUCCCACCUGCGCAUGAAACGCAUUGCCUGCCUGGAGGCUGCAUUGGAGUAUGACCACGACCCCAAGAUUGCUGCACCCCUGAAGCUCUAUCACUGGAAAUCAGCCCGCUUGCACAGAGGGCCUCGAUAUGUGGAGCUGGUCCUGGUUGUGGACAGUGAGGAGUUCAGGAAGUACAAGGACUUGCGCAGGGUGCAGAACCGCAUGAAGGAAAUCGUCAACCAUGUUGACAAGCUUUAUCAACCUCUUGGCUUGCGUGUGGCCUUGACUGGCUUAGAGGUGUGGAGCAACGGGGACAAAAUCACUGUCAGUCGCAAGGCAGAGGAGACUCUGGAGAGCUUCCUUCGCUGGCGGGAGACAGACCUACUGAAGAGGAAGCAGCACGACAAUGUCCAGCUGAUCACGGGUAUAGACUUCCAUGACACGACCAUAGGGCUGGCAAAGAAGCUUGCUAUGUGCACCAGGGACUCGGGCGGUGUCAAUCAGGACCACAGCAUGGAUCCUAUCGGUGCUGCGUCCACCAUGGCUCAUGAGAUGGGGCACAACCUGGGAAUGUCUCAUGACGAAGACAUUGCUGACUGCCACUGUCCUGUCAGCAAAGAGAGUGGAGGAUGUGUUAUGGCAGCUAAGAUCAGCUUGUCUUACCCCAGACUCUUCAGCACCUGCAGUGAGCAGGACAUGUGGCAGUUCCUUGAAGACCCCAAGACUGGCUGCUUGCUGAAUGUCCCUGGAGCAGACGAGCUGUAUGGGGAGCCAGUGUGCGGGAACCAGUUUGUAGAGCGGGGAGAGGAGUGUGACUGUGGCAGGCCAGAGGAGUGCUCUGACCGCUGCUGCAAUGCCACCACGUGCCAGCUGAGAGAGGGGGCUGAGUGUGCACAAGGCGACUGCUGCCAAGACUGCAAGGUGAAGGCUGCUGGUGUUCUGUGUCGGGCCAGCAAAAAUGACUGUGACCUUCCCGAGCACUGCACUGGCCUCAGCUCCGAGUGUCCAGAGGACGUCUUCCAAGAGAAUGGCAUCCCCUGCCAGGGUGGCCGCGGCUACUGCUACAAUGGGGCCUGCCCCUCGCAUGCAGAGCAAUGCCGCCUGCUCUGGGGCGCAGCUGCUCAGGUGGCUCCUGAUGAAUGCUUCAAGCACAACAGCAGGCAGGAUCGCAACCUUCACUGCAUGACAGAGUCUGGGAGGAAGCCCUGCAGCCCCAAGGAUGUGAAGUGUGGCACGCUGCUAUGCAUGAGUGACACCAGCAGCCCCGCCCUUGGCAGCGGCUUCUUCACACUCUCCUUUGGCCGCUUCAAGUGUAAAGCAGCCCUUGAUAGCAAUGAUGCCAAUGAGAUGACAGGCAGCCUCCAGCUGGUGCCCACUGGCACCAAGUGUGGAGAGGAGAUGGUCUGCUAUGCUGGGCGCUGCCAGAACCUCCUGGUCUAUGGCAACAAGAAUUGCUCAGCUAAGUGCAGUGGCCACGGGGUGUGCAAUCACAAACGAGAGUGCCACUGUGAGCUGGGGUGGGCACCACCGUACUGCCAGCACAAAGUUUUGGAGCUCACGGCAGGUGGCAGCAGCACGGUCCUGGCAGCUGUGCUGGCUGUGCUGGUGCUGUCCAGUAUCCUGAUCGGUGGAGGCAUUGUGCUGCUCAGAGGCAAGGGGAAGAAGUACUUCCAGAAAGGGAGGAUCUCCAGCAGACCUGCCACCGGCCUCACCAACCCGCUCUUUCAGGAAGGCACCCGGCCACACCAGCUGUCCCGCUGCGCCAUCGGCAGCCCCAGGCUGCUCAGUACUACGGCAGCCCCACGCAAUGCCCGGCCCCUUGUGCCCAGCUGCCCUCUCCUGCAGGAGAAGCCGAAGCCACCCACCAAGCCUUUGCCAGCUCUGAAGACCAAGCAGCCCUGCAAUAUGGCAGCAGGAGAACCGCUGCCACCAGCUCCACCUGCCAAGCCCCUGGCACUUUCAUUCCAGCCAUGUGCCAUCCCAGUCCUGCCCCAGCGAGGAUUCCCCCCCAAGGUGGCCCUGAAACCACCAGCAAGCAGGAGGUGAUGUAGGACAGCAAAGCUGUGGGUCCUGGCACUUAGGCAGGAUGGCAGGCGACCACAGAGCCACCGGUACUUGAAUUACUCACCAGACACCCUGGACAGCACCCAUGUUUACAGACAUUUUUGUGCCUUAAUGGACUUGGUAGCUUUAUGGGUUGCCUAGACAGCCUUGGGGACCAGGUGAAGGGACACUACCAAAACCACUCUUACCCAUAGGAAACCCCCAAAGUGAUGUCUUCUGCUUUCCUCUUCGCCUUACUCCCUAAGUCCCUCCUGAUGCCUGCUCCAACUUGGAGGCCAGCCCCGAGCCUUUACUGGGUGCCCUGUGCCCUGCUACAGUGAAGGUGGCCUGCUCCUCAUACCCUGUCCCUGCUGGGGCUGCAGCAAGGAGCUCCUGGCUCCAAGACAGGUGACUCAAGGAUGCUGUGCUUGCCCUGCAUCAAGCUAGGCCUGGCUUCACAGCAGCAGUCCUCCUCAUCUGGUUCUUCACUCUGAAGUUAUCACUCAGGCUCCUGCUCUCCUGAAAUAUGAAUUUCCAGGAGCAUUUUACUACAGCCAGCAGUUAAUUUCUGAUUGCUGUGUGACUGUUUUGAGCCCUUUGCUGUGGAACUGGUCCUCCUCACUUUUUAUCUAAUGUAGGUCAAAUACUUUAUACAAAUAAAGACUGAAGAUAGCA